UAAUACACGUAAAAAAGACCCCACCAGGCACCAGCCUCCAGCCUCCCUUUUCCCUUCCCUUAUUCCAACUCCCCCCACUUGCGAGUUGCCAAUUUCCUUAAAAUCUCUCUCUCUCACAACCCUCUCUGACUAUCCAUUAAUGCCACAUAAAGAACUCACAUCUCAAACCUCCAAAACUCAUCGGAACCCACAAGCAAAACCAGAGAUGGGCAAGAAAAUGAAGCUACCCUUUAUUUUCAAAAGCACAGAGGCAAGGUCUUCGUGGCCAUGGCCUUAUUGUAAGCAACCCAGAACCCUCUCCUUCCGAACCAGCAAUGACAUUUACAGGACCAUGAACUCAAUCUACUUAGACCCUGCCAUUGACAAGGUAGAGACAACCGAGUCGUUUUUCACCAACUCUUCCCAGUCGGCCAGCUUCUCAACGGCCUCGGAAGCUGACUCGGGAGUGGAUCCGGUCGAAACGUUGAUUCGUGGGUUGCGGUCGGAGAGGCUGUUUUUCAAGCCGGAAGAGACGAGUUCGAUAUUAGAAGAGGCAAAGGAAGGUGGGUUUCCAUUCAAGGAGAGCGUGGUGUUGUCAAUGGAGUCCCAAGACCCUUACGUGGAUUUUCGGAAGUCCAUGGAGGAGAUGGUGGAGGCUCAUGGGGUGAAAGACUGGGAUGAUUUUGAAGAGCUUUUGUGCUGGUAUUUGAAGGUAAAUGGAAAGAGCAACCAUGGGUAUAUUGUUGGAGCUUUCGUUGAUUUGUUAGUUGGUCUUGCAUUUGCUUCGUCUUCUUCUUCUUCUUCUUCUCCUUUAUCUUUGUAUACUUCUUCAUUUUCUUCUUCUACUCCUUGCAUAUCCUUAUUAGAAGAUGAGGAAGAUCAUGACGAUACUCCUUGUUUAUCUUCAUUAUUAGAAUGUGAGGAGAUCGAAGAAAAAGAUGACAGUUCAUCUUUAAAUGGUUGAUUCAAUGGAAAGAUAUGUAUAAUACCAGUAGUUUUGAGAAAUCAUAUAUAGUUGAACUUUUUUUGAUAUGGUCUCUGUGUCUCUGUACAAAGUAUACACGGAAUAAAGGUGUAUGAGGGUAACGGGCUAUUGCGCAGAAGAGAAAGCUAAUGAGACAUGGAAUUUCCUACUACUAUUUUGGGAAAUCUUUUUCA